AUAUCAUAGGUGAUUCUUUUGUUCCGUUAAAGAUGGAAGUAACUGCUGGAUAAAACCUGUGUUCUAUGGCAUUGACCGUUAUUCAAGCAAUUCUCUGGGGUGAAACAAACACAAGGGACGUGGAGAGUAGUAGCAGUAUAGAUAUCCAAAUCCAGCUGAACAAUAGUAGGACCAGAAGAAGUGGCAUGGAAUUUGAAUCUGUUUGGACAAAGCAUAAAAAGUUGUCAGCCUUCACAGCUCAAUAUAUCCACUUCGCAACAACUUUUAUGCAUUGGUCUUCUAAAAUUUCCUUAAGUGAAGGAUAUCAUGAAUUUCUCUAGUUAAAAGCUUGUUGUUGUUGACACUGUUGAAUUCAAUUUGUCAGUAUUGUGAUUUUAAACAAAAUGCCCGAUCCUGGCAUUACUUCCCUUAUGGCUAAUGACUCAUAUUCUCCCAUCUUGCCCGGAUUGCCUGAUGACAUGGCAAAAUGCAUCCUCGCACUUGUUCACCGAUCUUCUUUUCCUGCAAUGAGUGGCGUGAACAAGAAAUGGAGAUCAUUUAUGGGAAGCAAAGAGUUCAUAAUGGUACGAAAGCUAGCCGGAUUGCUCCAGGAGUGGCUUUAUGUCUUAACUGCAGAUGCUGAUGGAAAGGAAAGCUACUGGGAGGUAUUGGAUUGUUUGGGGCACAAACACCAUCAGCUCCCGAAGAUGCCUGUACCUAUGAAAGAUGGGUUUGGUGUGGUCGUUCUCAAUGGUAACUUGCUUGUUAUGGGCGGAUAUUCAGUGGUUGAUGGACCUGGUUCUGCUUCAGCAGAGGUUUUUCAGUAUGAUUCAUGCUUGAAUAGGUGGAGCAUUUUAACCACGAUGAAUGUGGCACGCUAUGAUUUUGCGUGUGCCGAAGUGAAUGGAAAGGUGUAUGCAGUUGGAGGUUACGGUGUGGAUGGAGAAUCCCUUUGUUGUGCUGAGAUGUAUGACCCGGACACUGAAAAAUGGACGAUGAUCGAGUCUCUUCGUCGCCCAAGGUGGGGCUGUUUCGCCUACGGCUUCAAUGGGAAGCUUUACGUCAUGGGCGGGCGUUCAAGCUUCACUAUAGGAAACUCCAGGUUUGUUGACGUGUACAAUCCGGAGAGGCACACAUGGUGUAGUGAGUUGAAAAACGGUUGUGUCAUGGUCACUGCUCAUGCUGUGCUGGGUAAGAAGCUGUUUUGCAUUGAGUGGAAGAACCAGCGUAAGCUAGCCAUAUUCAACCCGGGUGACAGUUCAUGGAAGAUGGUCACCGUCCCCGUGACUCGGAGUUCAACCGUUGGGUUUCGAUUUGGAGUUUUGGACGAGAAGCUUUUGCUGUUUUCUGGCGUGCAGGAGGAUGAUGGUUCUGCCACUACACUUUUAUAUGAUCCUAAUGCGGCUCCGGGUUCAGAGUGGAAGACCUGUGAAAUAAAGCCGUCAGGUACUUGUUUGUGUAGUGUCACUAUCAAAGCUUAGGAUGCCAAUUUUU